AUGUUCCCAGAGGAUUAUGUUGUCAAUUGUACAAGAUUGGUUCGAUUGUGGAUUUCCGAGGGGUUUGUAAAACAACGAGAUGGUGCAACACUAGAAGAAGUUGCAAGAGAAUACUUGACUGAGCUCAUUCACAGAAACUUGGUUCAAGCAGAAUCGGUUGAUUUUGAUGGUGUGGUUAGAAACUGUCGAGUCCACGAUUUAAUGCAUGAGGUCAUUCUUUCCAAGUCAGAUGAACUGAGUUUGAUACAAACUUCAGCCAAAAAUUUACAAUGUCCUAAUCAAACAGCUCGACACCUCUCAAUCAAGGAUGAAUCAAACAACUUGUCAAGAAGCAGCGGUUGCUCAAAAACUCAUUCGAUCAUCUUUUUUGAGGUAAACGAAUUUCCCAAAUCUUUGCUCAGGUCAUUGUUUGCGAAUUUCAUACUUUUGAAAGAAUUAGAUUUUGAGGGAGUUCCAUUGAAUUACUUACCUGAAGAAUUGGGAAACCUCUUGCAUUUGAAAUAUUUAAGUGUAAGAGAUACAAAAGUAAAGAUGCUCCCAAAGUCCUUAGCUAAGUUGCGCAACCUAGUAACUUUGGAUUUGAAACGUUCUCUUGUUCGUGAAUUACCAGUUGAGAUCAAUAAGCUCUCCAAUUUGCAAUAUCUUAUAGCUUAUUCUGAGGAUUAUGAUACUCGACAAGGGGUGAAAAUACGCGGUAUUGUUCGAAGUUUAAACUCCUUGGAAAAGCUUUAUUAUGUGGACAUGAAUGCACAAAAUAAUUUUGGUUUUAUUAGAGAGUUGGGAAGUUUGAAGCAUUUGAGAAAGUUGGGAAUCACUAACCUAACAUCAGAAAGUGGGAAUGCUCUGUGCAAUGCCGUUGAGCAUAUGUCUUACCUCGAAUCACUACAUGUUAUUUCAGGAAAGGAGAACGAACUUCUCCAAUUGCAAUCAAUGUCAUCUCCUCCCCUUAGUUUGCUUUGCCUUCGGCUUCAAGGACGUCUAGAAAAGUUGCCUGAUUGGAUUUCUGAACUAAAGUGCCUAGUUAGGAUUCGAUUAUUUUGGUCACAAUUGUCAGAUAUUCCACUCAAAAUUCUUGGGGGUUUGCCUAAGUUAUUGGAGCUUCUUCUCUACAAGGGAUACAAUGGAGAACAACUGCAUUUUGAGGAUGGAUACUUUCCGGUACUCAAGGAGUUAUGGCUUGAAGGGAUGGAUAGAUUGAAUAGAUUGAAAAUAGAUGAAAAAGGAUUGUGUCUUGUUGAAAAUCUUUUCAUUGGAUCUUGUCCAAGAUUGGAGGAGCUGCCAUCUGACAUAUGCCAUAUGAAGUGCCUUAAAUAUUUUGAAAUUAGUGAUAUGUCGAAAGAAUUUGCUCGAAGAAUGCUACCGGAUGCUGGCCAAGACCACUGGAAAGUUCAACAUAUACCAAAUGUCUAUUUGUACUUCAAUAAUACUCAACAACAAUAUUCAACCUACAAGCUCGGUGAUUCAAGCUUGUUAGAAUACUUGCAUUAG